UAACUCUAGGUAUGCUCGAUUGGGGUGGAGAAAAUAUCGAACAAUCUCUGCGUGUAUGGAUGUGUGGCGGGAAGAUACUUGUUGACCGUCAAGCCAAGAUAGGUCACAUUUUCCAGAGGCCGGCGCCUAAAAAUAAAGUUCGAAGUGGACAGGUCCAGCGUAAUCAUGCUCGCGCCGCGUUGUUGUAUCUCGACGAAAAGCUGAGCUGGUUCCUGGACAACCACGCCGCUGCUAAAAGCGAAAUAUCGAAGCAUCAGUUGGGGCCUCAUAUCGGCGAUAGAUUGGCGGUCCGGCAUAGCCUGCAGUGCAAGUCGUUCGACGAGGGCUUCAUGGAGCGCUUCUGGUCCGUGUUCGAGAACCAGGCAUUGCUGCUCGAUAAAGUGCAUCUUAUCAAGCAUAAGAGAAGUCGUCUGUGCCUGGCUCUGAUUCGUACUACCAAAGACAUGCACGUCAAGGAUGUCAACGCUCAGGCUGAGUUACGAUUGAAACCUUGCGAUCCUCGUGACAGUGGAAUGCUGUGGAUGCGCGGCUACUCGGGAACAAGAGUGGUUAACAAACGCUUCAACAAAUGCAUUGAUCGAGGGAAUAAGCCAUUCGGUCGAGCUCAAGUCAUUGCCUUCGCAUGUGAUCGUCAUAACACCAACGUCAAUCAGCGAUGGUAUUGGGAUAAUGGCCGCUUGUACAGGUGA